AUGACGUCCAUUGCUUUGGUAGUACCGGCGGCACGGGCUCGAGAGGUCAAGGUGUUGCUGGAGGAUGGGGGGUUUUUGGCGGGGAAAAUUAGGAGGGUUAGUGGGAGUGGGAGUUGUUGUAUUCCGACGUCGUUGGUUGGUGGUAGCCCCACAUCCACCUCCACCACCGCUUCAACGUCGGGCAAUGGCAACUAUGGAGAUGAUGAGGAUGAUGGGGAUGGGGAUGCCAAUUUCGAUGAUGAGAAGGAACGGAUAUUCCAAAGAUUGGGGAUUCAAGACGGGCACGGAAUCGCAAUCACUACCGUCACCGCCACCUGCGCAGACACACACAGCGACAGAAAGACAGACCCACCCGAAAACCCCCUCCAAGCCGCAAUAACCGCGUUCCUCACAACCAACCCUCCAGGAGACCCCACAAUCCUGUCAGCCCUCCUCUCCACAAUCCCAAAACGCUACACUUAUACCCCUCCUCUCCUCCUCCUGCCAUCAACCGCCUUCUCCACUCCCGCUUGGCAAACCUAUCUUCGCUCCCUGCCCCACGAACUCGGGCAAAAAUUCCACUCCACCCUCACCACCGCCGUCUGCAAAAACGCAACCCACCUCGCGCUCCUCCGCCCCAUCCCCACGCAGAAUAACGCAAUACGAGCCCCGAAGCUAACCCCCCUCUUUGGCACUUUUCCGCGCCUCCUGCCACCGCUGCAACAGCCCACGCGCAGCGACUUGGACAAGGCACUGUGGACGAGUACGCGACAGUCUGGUAUCGUCCAGAUCUGGGCGCCGGGGUACACCAUGUUCUCGCGGGGGAACGUUAAAGAGAAAGCUCGUAUUCUGUGUUUCCCUCCUCCCACGACCGGGGCGGGGGCGGGCACGGGCACGGGCACGAAGUGGGUGGUGGAUAUGUACGCCGGCAUCGGAUACUUUGCCUUUCCCUACGCAAAGCUCGGAUAUCGAGUCCUCGCCUGGGAGAUUAAUCACUGGAGCGUGGAGGGGCUGUUGAGGGGUGCUGGGGAGAAUGGCAUUUUGGCUAAGGUCGUUUCACCGCAGCAGGAUGCGCAGAUUGCGGUGGAGCGGGAGGGGGUGCUGGUGUUUCUGGAGGAUAACGAGAAUGCGCCGGCCAGGGUCGCAAAGAUGGGGGAGGGUGUUGGGGAGGGUAUCGAGAGGGUGAAUCUUGGCUUGCUACCCACCAGUCGGGGUUCCUGGGGGGGAGCUCUUCGGGUGUUGGCGGAGCGGGGUGGGUGGGUGCAUGUUCAUGAGAAUGUGGGGAUUGGGGAGAUUGAUGUGAUGACGGGGGAAGUGGUCAGGGCUUUUGAAGGGCUCGAGAAGGAAAGGGGGGGUAGGAGGGGGGUUGUUUGUGAGCAUGUUGAAAGGGUCAAGACGUUUGCUCCUGGGGUCAUGCAUUGCGUUUUCGAUAUUCGCAUCGGUGGGGAGGGAUUGUAG